UUGGAGAGAAAAUUCUCAUUGGAUAGAGUGGUUGAUGGGAAAUGGUAAUAGCGGGCACGAUGUAUAUCAUUUUCUCCCGCUUGUGCUUGCAGGUAUCGUUGUGCGACGAUUACAGUCUACCGGUCGACUUCGUCAACAAGAGACGUCCCGCGAGCGCUGCAGCUGCAACUUCCGCGGUGCAAUGGACGCUGCCGAGUCCUACUGUGGAGAAUGCGGAAAUCGAGGUUGUGGAACAAUACAGCGACCCUAGAGACAGCAAGAGCAAAGCGUACGUGGAGCCGGGAGCCGAGUUGUCUUUGCCGACGGUUUACAGCAGAGCAAAUCGCAACUACUGUCGACCGUACACAGAUCCUUCAGCAUCCGGUUCGUCGUGCGAGGACGACGAGGACGGGCGAGCAGUGGUCGUUAGAAAACGAAAGAACAGCGUUUACGCCUCCUCCUCGAUUCGUGCUCCAUCGGCGGACAGGGACACUUUAACUUCGACCGACGGCCUGCUCGUGGAUUGCGUCGCCCUGGUGCAUCUGGCCGAUCAAUCCCCGACCGAGUCCGCUCAACCUGUACGUCAUCCGUCGCCCUACUAUUACGGCGAUCUCUUCAAGGUACCGGAGCAACUGGCCAAAUCGCAGCCGAGCAAGUACCGGAAGAGCGUCAGUCUCGAUGUGCCGGGCGAGCGUUCGCGCACACCCGGUAUAGCCAAGAGAAACUCGGUAGCGGGUGAUGGAGGCUCGUACUCGUCCCAGCCACGGCAUUAUCAGCAACUACAGCAGCCGUAUCCACCGCCGCCGCCACCGCCGCACUAUCGCAGCCAGGAUCUAGUAAGCCCCACUUCGGGGAGCGAGCAUGCUGUCCCAGCCAGAAACGAGAUCCUCUCGUCGUGCAUCAUCACCGAGUGGGAUCACACCCUCAUGCCUCCGCAUAGGCUGCUGAGCCAUGACCUGCCUACCACCGUUUGUACCUGCGUUGCAUCGCCCGAGGAGGAGGAGGAUGAGCUAGACCGACGGCAGCCGCAAGUGACGCGGCACCAAGUGCGCAAGCUACGACGUACGCGGAGGAUAGACCCGCAGCCGAUACUCGUCGAGGACGAGGACGACGUGGAGGGUGAGGACGAGGGAGAGGAGGGAGACGAGGAGGACGCGGAGCCUGAGGAAGAGGACGAGGAAGGGAUGGCCAGGCAACGUCACCUCUACGAGACGGCCUUCGACUGCAAGGUCAAUCGCUCCGACGAUGAUCUCGACGAUCUCGAUCGCGUCACCAAUCACGCGGUACUGCAUUCCCAGAUACGGAGUAGCAGUACGGUUCCAGUGAGUAGAACGAGUUCGUCAACAGACACGUCGAAGCAGCAACAUCAACAAUCGCUUCCUUAUACCGGCCAGUCGCAAUCAAGCAAGGACCACCGACGUAAAGUCGUACUUCUCCGCCCAAAACCGAUUCCGAGCCGCUUGCAGCAGCAGCAGCAGCAGCAACAGCAACAGCAGCAGCAACAACCUCAGCAACAGCAAUCGCAACAUCAGUCAGACAAUAUAUCUACUCUGUCCCAAGAUAUCGAGUCCCUCCAGAUCAAUUCAAGCGAUGAGAAAACCGGAUCGCCGAGACUACCGGCACGCGAUUACACACCGUCGCCGCCGUCGACUGCACCUUUACCUGCGAAAUUCCACGGAAACCGAGACCAUUUGCUGUUGAAUAUUCGCAGCGCGCCAAAUUUACCAGCGCAGCAGGAUCACCCCCGUUUGAAAGACAUGAGAUUGCCUGUGAAAUCGUUGUUGCGCGCCAAGGACUCGCCGCAGAGUAGCGAGGGCAGCAUUCUCGAAAUCAAGAGCCGACCGAAGACCUUCGUCCAGGAAAAUAUUGAUUCUUCGCAGGGUCGUCGAUUCGACAAGGAACUCAUACUGGAGUUUAAGGACAGGCCCCGGGAGGAGAGACAACGACCGCGCAGCCUGAUCCGCGAGAACAGGCCGAUAAUGGAGUUCAAAGGCAGGCCCCAUGAAGCGGAGAACGAUCUCGUGCGGCCGCGAAGAGACGCCGGCCUCUUGGAAUUCAAGUUGCGUACUUCGAGACGUCGCGUCGGUUAUUCUAGCACGGAGAGCAUGGCGACUAGCAGCAGCGGCGGCAGCAUGGAAUCUAUCAGGAGUAGCACCAGCGAGGGCAAUAGGUCGACCAGCAGCUCCGACAGCCGGCACAGCACCAGAUCAUUGAGCUCGCACAGUUCCGACAGCGGCGGCACCAACUGCUACCAUCACCAUCAACAGUCGCUGCCUGGCUUUCUGAACCAUCACGCCACCAAACUGCAUAUCCUCUCGCCGAUCUCCGACAAAUCGUCGCAGGAGCCGGCCUCGGAGACCUCCGACAACAAUCGCAACAACAACUCGCAGAAGGCCUCGCCCGAGGAGAGUGUCACCGCGGAGAAUAACAUCACCUCUGGCAACAACACCAACACGAAUACAGUCACCUCGCCCAUGGACACGUCCUUUAAGAAGCGGCGAACGCCGCAGAACAAGAACCUCAUUAAUCUUGCUCUGCAGUCGUCGUCGUCGGGCGACGCGGAGAUCCAGGGAUCGGAUAGCGGUAUAUCCAUCGAGUCCCGCGCUGGUAUCAAGUGCAAGCCUUUCGGAUUUCACCUGUUGAAGCCGCAGCUCGAUAACAUUAAUUUCGUCGACAACGAGCCGGAGCUCUCGGAUCUGCCCUUCGAUAUGCCGAAGCUGCGAAGAAGACGGCUGCUAAUGCAACAGGAUGCCACUACAUCCGGAAGCGCGACCAGUGUGGACCUGAGGGAUCUACCCUUCGACAUGCCGAAACUCAGGAAGCGUCUCAGAUGUACUCAGAGUGUCGAAUCCAGCGCGUCCCAGGCGUCGUCCAGUCUCUCGGUGCGCGACGUGGAACCGCCUCUUUUGUUUGGCGGCGGUCUGGCGCGUCCGAAGAUGACUCUGAAUCUGGAUGCCGGUAGUAACGCGGCGGGGACGAGUGGCGGGAACCCAGGCGGUCAAUUGGUGCCGAAGAAACCCGGUGGCCUGAGCCUCGGCUUACCGCUGGAAAUCAGCACCGCUCGGAUAUCGGCUGAUCUGGUUGACGUGGAGCUUCCGUUGGAGAGGCAAGGUUGGUAUCACGGCUCUAUCACGCGCAUCGAGGCGGAGGGUCUUCUGCGAGUUCACCAAGAAGGUAGCUAUCUGGUGAGGAACAGCGAGUCGACCAAACAAGAUUAUUCUCUAUCCCUGAAGAGCGCCCGCGGCUUCAUGCAUAUGCGCAUCCAGAAGAACGAGGAGCUGAACGCUUAUAUCCUGGGGCAGUUCAGCAAACCGUUCGAAAACAUACCGGAAAUGGUCCGUCAUUUCAGCGUGAAUCGUCUUCCGAUACGCGGUGCCGAGCACAUGUGUCUCCUGCAUCCGGUCAUAGUUCAGCUUUUGUAGCGCAUCUAUCGUAGCGCCAUUUAAGGCGCUGUGUAUAGCUCUUUUGAUAAUCCGUUUACUUUUUCACCCCCCGGCGAAUGCCAAAGCGCGCGGCCGCAAUGAACGAUAAGCUUGAUAGCGCGAAGACGAGAUGUAGAAAAUAUUAUUCUCGAACGAGGGAGCCUUCCUCGCGUCCGCGGGACGUGGUUGACUUCCGCGGGAUCCUCCGUAUCAAUUCGCAUUCUGGUCGAAUGAACCGUUCCGCACGAAGAGCGCCAGAGAUAAUGGACAAUAAUGGCAUUGACGGGGAAUACCGCUUCGCCGCGAAAUGUUAGGGGGAGUUUGAGUACAGUACAAAAAAUACAAACGGUGACUGAGCGAGGCUGCUCAACACAAUGCGAUCGAUUAGACGAGAACGUCCGGGUCUGUGCAAUUUCUUGCGAGAGGCCAGUGUUAAACUGUAUGUGGAAUCUCAGGUCGCUCCAAGUGAGGAUACCAGCUCACAAACGUCGUCUUUUCGACAACACUUAAUUUUCUCGCACGUCUAUAGCCGAGUCCAGGUCUUUCUUGCACAAUAAAAUUGUAGAAACGGUAGGGACGGCGAACGCUUCAUCCCAACCCUCUUCCUUUUCCUCCCGGACUCGAAAGCGUAAAAGAUCGGUGUCCACACGCUUCGUCUUCCUCAAAACAUCGCGCAAACCUACCUCAUAGGCAGACGCAUACAUCGCGGCACGAUAUAGAAGCCGACGUAUCGUGGCGGGAGUCCGAAGAACGAAAUUGGAAACGGAUACGAAUUAUAUCGUUCGAUGCAGUGAUGACCGUCAAUAACUCGAACGAGCGCGGGAUCGACGAUUCUGAGCGGGAUACGCGAGAACGUACUCAAGGAACCGUUUUUUCCCGGUUGUUCCUCGAAUCCGCGGUUCCUAUGCGGAUUCUACAAAAGAAAUCUUUUCAAAUGGGAUCAGAAACGCUGUUUUACGAAAUGGUAUAAUUUAAGUGACAAGGAAAGCUGCGCGUAUUUAGACACGCGCGCGUUUAGAUUCACACAGAGUGCCGCGUAGAAGCAGCCCGACGUGGCGCGAGCCGAAAGCCAAAGUAAACCUAAUCCUAAUAUCCAGUCGAGGGGCAUGGAGCGUAAGGUUGCAGACUGGAUACGCGCGGCGAGCGCGAGUAAAAUGCCAAACUUUACUUCUAAUCGUAAUCAUUUAGUCAGGGUUUAGUUGUCCGUCUUGUCGUUGAUAAGUAAUUAAAUAGGCUUAGAACGAUAAGCGAGCGUACGACAGUCAGUUGGCUCGAUUGCGUUGGGCGGGGCGAAGGUUCCGUGUAAUUUUUGGUGAAAAAAUCGCGAGUCCAAGAAAAUAGCGACGAAUGUUUUCGUCGCAAAACGACGGUAUUGUCGGAAACGUAGGGACAGUGGGAAAAGAAAGAUGAUAUUGAUCAGACAGUCUAAACCGUCGGUGGCUCGUUCUACGAGUCAUCCGUCCGAGAGUCUACGGGGACACUCGCGGGAGAUUUUUGCGAUAAGAUGCAACCGAUACAUAUUUUUUCAUGUGAUAUUAAUUUGUUACCGCGAUAGCCUAGUUUCACCUGUGAUCUGUUACUUAAUUCCCCUUGUCCGCGUGCGCGUCGGCGCUCUCGCGCGAUUGCACGCGAUAACGAUAAUAAAAUAAUUGAACUUGCUAUUAUUAUUACGUAGAAUCAGCAACGACGCGUCACUCAGACGCGAUAAUGAGACGUCCGUGGUGUUACAAUAAUUUUUCGAGUUAGAAAUUCGAUUCGCAGAGGUUGUGAGCGAAUUUUCGUUGGCCGCGCAAGCAAACAGAUUUUGCUUAAUAUUAAGUAGUGACAUAGGGAACCUGCGGCGAGAAGUAGCGAGUGCCAGCCGCGUGUUGUAAAAAUUGUCACAGUCUUGUUUCGUCAUUUAACUGUUUAAUCGGUGUGUACACGAAGAAGCGAGGCAUUAGAUUUUUUUUUAAGCAGAUGUUUAAAUUCCGCGGAAAUACUUGAAUAACGAGCGAAGCACUCUCUACUUUCGCGUCUAACUAGGUUGAGUGUAAUUCAUGCGUCGUACUUUAAGCUGCCAGUAUUAUUAACUGUAAUCGAUAAUGCAUAUCCAUAUAUGUUAAUGUUUAAGACAUUAUAUUGUCUCUAUAGCCCGAUUAUUGAAACUGUAAUCUAUAUAUAUUUAUUUCUCUUAUUAUAUUUAUUACCUUGUGUCGUUGAGUAUGACCAAGUUUCCGUGCGCCGUUAAUUCAAUUGCGAGAUCAUAGAGCUGUAACCUAUAGUAAUUCUCCGUACACGUAGAUUAAUAUUACUCGUCGAGAGGCAGUGCGUAAAUUAUAUGGUAGACUAACUUGUAGAUACUUCCUGUACCUUGAAAUUUGUAUGAAGUAGCUCUUAGAUUACGUAAUAUAUACAUAAAUAUAUAUUAUUAUAAAUAAUUAUACUAGCGCGCAUAGUUCUCGUUUGUAGGAUACGUAAAGUAAGGUCUAGCAAAAGCGGAGCGAGUCCAAUAAAUAUCUUGAGCGCUGUGCACGUAAAUCCUUUACAUGAAAAGGGAUCUCGGACGACGAUGUGCAAUAUUCUGACGCGGUCAUCUGUACGGCCGUAAACGUCAAGUGCGAUUCAAUAUUUUUGUUUCAACAAGCAAACCACCGAUGUUCCAAAUCGACUUCACUAAGUAAUCUUGUGUACUCUGGAAAGUUCUCUUAAUAAUAAAAUAAUUAAUACCUCCAGUUUGAUCAGCCGCACUUCUGCCAUCUUUUCAGUCAAAUGACCCAAGAAAAUCUUUUUACGCGAGAAUAAAAAAUUUUGUGCACAAAAUUUUACAAGAAUGUGCAAUGCGUAUCGUUUCCACAAAGUGAUAAAAGCUAUUAAUAUCAAUUGAAUUAUACCAGUUAUGUAAAUUUCCUUUGUGCUUUGUAUAUUUUUCGGAUUAUUUAAUUUAUUCUACUUUUAUCUCUUCGUUAGUUUUGUAUAAGGUAAUUUCAUCUUGAAGUCCAACUGGAACAAGUGGCGGACGGUCGUUAUUUUCUUGUCAAGAUAUCACUUGGCGCAUUUCCGUCUGUGCCGAGUCAAACAUUGUAAUUUAUUUAAAUAAAAUUGCAUAAUAAGCUUAAAAUUUUCAA